UGAAAACCUACACCAAGAGGAUACGGAUGUUGACCAAGACAACAUAGUCUAUUAAUAUUUCAGAGAUACUGUAAAGAGAUAUCGGUAUUAAAGCCAAGUUGUGGUGCAGGUGGCCAGGGCUGGAGAGGUGGACACAGUGAGGACAUCUGCUCCAACUCUGCGCAGGUGACAAAUGAAGCACAGUCAGAAGAUGUUCAGCAAGGAGAUGAUGAUGAUGAUGAAGAAGGAGGCUCUGCAUAGUUACCGGUCUUACUAAAAGCUCUGCCCUGGCCAACUCCCUUCUCCUUGCUCCACUUCCUCUUCCUGUUCUUAACCCAGCAGGAAGAAUGACCGUGGUAUCUACAGACAACAUGGACGAGACCUCCACCCUUCCGGGCCACCCCCAGGACCCGUACCCGCCUGACGAUGAGCUCCACGACGACCACGACUGCUGUGAAAGAGUGGUCAUCAACAUAUCGGGGCUUCGCUUUGAGACUCAGCUCAAAACCCUGGCCCAGUUCCCUGAAACCCUCCUCGGGAACCCCAAGAAAAGGAUGAGGUACUUUGACCCGCUACGAAACGAGUAUUUCUUCGACCGAAACCGUCCAAGUUUUGACGCCAUCUUGUAUUACUACCAGUCUGGAGGACGGUUGAGGCGACCGGUAAACGUGCCUCUGGAUAUGUUUUCAGAAGAGAUUAAAUUCUAUGAACUCGGAGCAGAAGCCAUGGAAAAAUUUCGGGAGGACGAAGGGUUCAUCCGAGAAGAAGAGCGACCCUUGCCGGAAAAGGAGUUCCAGCGGCAGAUCUGGCUCCUCUUCGAGCACCCAGAGAGCUCCGGACCUGCCCGGGGGAUUGCCAUAGUCUCUGUUAUGGUUAUUCUCAUUUCAAUAGUCAUAUUUUGUCUGGAGACUCUACCGGAGUUAAAAGAAGAUAUCAACGAGCGCAUCCAGGUGGUGGGGAACACAACCAUAUAUUACAAGCCAAAUGUUCUCACAGACCCUUUCUUUGUGGUCGAGACAUUGUGCAUCAUAUGGUUUUCCUUUGAGUUAAUAGUUCGUUUUUUUGCCUGUCCCAGCAAAGCAGCAUUCUUUAAAAACAUGAUGAACACUAUCGACAUCGUGGCUAUAAUUCCCUACUUCAUCACGCUCGGUACAGAGCUGGCUGAUGACCAAGACAACAAGGAGGGGAAGGGCGGCGGAGAGCAGGCUACUUCUCUGGCUAUUCUCAGGGUAAUCCGUUUGGUCCGAGUGUUCCGGAUCUUUAAAUUGUCCCGACACUCAAAGGGCCUCCAGAUUCUGGGACAAACUCUGAAGGCGAGCAUGAGGGAGCUCGGCCUGCUCAUUUUCUUCCUCUUCAUUGGCGUGAUAUUGUUCUCCAGUGCUGUUUACUUUGCCGAAGCAGAGGAGAAGGACUCUUUCUUCACCAGUAUCCCCGAUGCGUUCUGGUGGGCUGUGGUGUCAAUGACUACUGUCGGCUACGGGGACAUGUACCCUGUGACCAUUGGAGGUAAGAUUGUGGGCUCGCUGUGCGCCAUCGCUGGUGUGUUGACCAUCGCCCUGCCGGUACCUGUCAUCGUGUCUAACUUCAACUACUUUUACCACCGAGAGACGGAGGGGGAAGAACAGGCCCUGCUGCUUAACGUCAGCAACCAAAACCUAGCAUCGGACACCAACUCCAGCCGCCGGAGCUCCUCGGUCAUCAGCAAGUCGGAGUACAUGGAGAUAGACGAGGACUUGAACAACAGCAUCGACAAUUUUAGGGAAGCUAACCUUAGAACUGCCAACUGCACGGCUCCCAGCCAGAACUGUGUGAAAAAGGGGAAACUGCUAACUGACGUGUGAGGCAGCUGCGGACGCUCCAGUGUAAAUAAUGUAGAAAUAUCUGGAUGCUUUACCUCCAUUGGUCUAUUUUGUUUUCUUUUUUCUAUAAAUACCUUAAAACAUGGUACAUUUGUGAGAGGAUCUACAACUACAGAUUUGGUCGGGAAUUGGCCGGAGAACGGCAGGUGUCAGAAGAACAUUUUUGAUAAAUUAUUCAUUAUGUAAACGCCCACUUUAAGCCCAUUAAUUUAUGAUUUAUUUAUUUACUUGAAUUGGCAUUGGUGUAUGCACGGGUUUCAAACAAAGUUCUUUUAAACAGCAACUAAACAGUACCAGACUGACAACAGUUGAUGGAUGCCUGGAUUUUGAUCAGCUGUUUGGCUAAUUGUGAAACACUGGAUAAAAACACUAUAAAGCAUAAACACGAUACUAUGGCUGUUAUUUUGCCCUCGAAAUUCAGGUGCAAAUGUUAUUCAGUGACACACACACACAUGCAGAAAUAGGUGUUCUCUACGAAUCAGUCCUUCAAAGAUUUGCAGUUUAGUCAUAGCGGUGUCACACGUCGCAUGGUUUUAGCCAAAAAAAAGUAACGUUGCACCAUUUAAAUCUUGUUAUAUCCACUGCCAUUUCAAGAGUCAAAUAUCUCUGCACAAGACUUAAGUCUGACCUCAAUAGUUUACGAACCCGAGGUGACCCCCAGAAGAAGACGUGAGGUCAAACACAACGUACUGUAUUUACAGUGUGUGUCAGUUUGAACGUUAUUGUGAAAUCUUUGUCAAUCAAUUUGAUCGAUCCGGCCUCCUGCUGCCUACGGCUGGGGCCGCCCCCGAGGCUAAAUAUGACACUAAUAUAUAUGUAAUACAUAUAAGCAGUUGUGAUGCUAAGGAAACUAUUUUAAAAACAAAUUAAAUAAUCUCUAAAGAUAGGUAAAGAUUUAUAAUUAGAACUAAAUAAACGACUGUAAAAGAGACUAUCAACAGUGCACUUAGACGGGUCGCAUUUAAAAAAAAGAUGUGACGAUUUUUUGAAUAAUUUAUCAAAAAUAUACUCUUUUCAUCUACCAGACAUCAUUCUUGAUGAAAAACAAAUAAUAAAGAAGAACAUUUGAAAACGAUGGACAGAACAAAAGCCCAACUGAGAUUUAAAUGUUCCGAGGACCACUGAACUUCACCAAGGAAUUCUUCUAAGUGGAUUACAGUACUAGUGACAUUUUUCAACGGAAAA